CUGGGCGUGUCUCUACAUUAGGAUGGCCAAGACAUCCAGCUUCCAAUGCGCUGAUGGCAACAGAUAAGUAAAAAGUGAGCUCCUCGGACGCACGACGACACACCAACUGAAGUGGAAAGCGGCUCCUGUUCUGCUUCUCCUUCUCCUUGUCCCGUUUCAGACGCUGCGCACGAGGCGGCACGGCUUCACACCACCGCGGGACUCAACUCACAAGGAAGAAGAGUUUAAAGAAGAAAGUCUGGCUCGUUCGUUAAGUCGAUUCGGUUACCUUUUUUUUUCCUUGGCUCUUUAAAAGUGUCCAAACCUUCUAGUGUUUCUAGACGGACAUCGGUGGAACGCGACUAUUUGCCUUUGCCAUUUCGAAGACAAAAUUGAACUAAUGACGGCAGAGGUCCAGCAGCCCUCAGCGCAGACUCCCGGACAGAGCAGCCCGAUGUCUGCCCCGGAGAAGCCGCACGGACACACGGCCGCGAUGGAAACCGCCUCUUCCACGACCAAGACCAAGAAGACAAACGCCGGGAUCCGCAGGCCAGAGAAACCCCCCUAUUCCUACAUCGCUCUGAUAGUCAUGGCUAUCCAGAGCUCUCCAACCAAGCGCCUGACGCUUAGUGAAAUAUACCAGUUCCUGCAGAGCCGCUUCCCGUUCUUCAGGGGCUCCUACCAGGGAUGGAAGAACUCUGUGCGUCACAACUUGUCGUUGAACGAGUGCUUCAUUAAGCUGCCCAAAGGCCUCGGCCGGCCAGGGAAGGGACACUACUGGACUAUCGACCCGGCCAGUGAGUUUAUGUUCGAGGAGGGCUCCUUCAGAAGGAGACCCCGGGGUUUUAGGCGCAAAUGUCAGGCGCUGAAGCCCAUGUACAGCAUGAUGAACGGCCUUGGUUUCAACCACAUCCCCGAGUCCUACAACUUCCAGGGGAGCGGCGGGGGCCUGUCGUGUCCGCCCAACGGCUUGUCCCUGGACAGCGGGCUCGGGAUGAUGAAUGGACACUUGGCGGGUAACAUGGAAGGGAUGGGUCUGUCCGGGCACACCAUGUCGCACUUGUCGACCAACGGGGGACAUUCCUACAUGGGGAGUUGUACGGGAUCCAACGGGAGUGAUUAUCCCCACCACGACAAUUCGGCCUCCCCUCUGCUGACGAGCGGGGGAGUCAUGGAGCCUCACCCGGUGUACUCGAGCUCAGCCUCGGCGUGGGCUCCGGCCCCCUCGGGCUCGCUGAACAACGGGGCCUCCUACAUAAAGCAGCAGCCGCUGUCUCCUUGUAAUCCGGGGGCCAACUCGCUGCAGCCGAGCCUGCCCACACAUUCACUAGACCAGUCCUACCUGCACCAGAACGGGCACAGUUCUACAGAUUUACAAGGUAUCCCUCGGUACCAUUCCCAGUCUCCGAGCAUGUGUGACCGAAAGGAGUUCGUCUUCUCGUUCAACGCGAUGACGUCUUCAAAGAUGCACUCCCAGAGCAGCAGCGCGUACUACCACCACCAACAGUUCUCCUACCAGGACAUCAAGCCCUGCGUCAUGGGGGGAUCCCCCCCCCCCCCCCUCCCCGGGCACCCUGUGUCGGGAGACUUGAGCCACGCAGCGGGGUGAAACGAGAGAAACGACAACAGACGAGUAAAUAACCACUGAGGGACAUGAAGGCACGGCCCCGCUUCACGUAGACCGGACUACUUUUCCGUUUCACACCGCGGAGACCGGCCACUCACCAAGCAAACGACGUAAUAAUAAUAUAUAAUAAUAUUCAAAACAACAAAAAAAAGACUUUUCAUGCCAUCAACAUCGACCGGCGGGGUAAAGACUCAGUGUAUGAAACCCUGCUGCUGUUUGGUACUUAGUCCUGCAGAGCGGAUGACUACCACUUCACACCUUCGUUAAUGUGUAUUCUUCUUGUUAAAGUAGGCCAUUGUACAAAUGCACACGUCCAUUUUCUCUGUCUGACGUUUUUUUACUUCUUUUCUCUGACAAAUUAGACGGAGGCUCUUUUUUCUUUUCUUGGACUUUCAACGUUGAAUUUUAAGGGGCAAUUAUGGACAUCACAUAAAACUUGUCCGUAUAUAUUGUGUCGAAACGAUGAGAGCACUUUUUGAAUAACCUAAGCGCAUCUUUUUUAUUUAUUCUGUAGGCCUACGUAUUUUAAUUUCAGGCGAAACAGCCAAGGAGGUAUAUUCUUUAUUGGCAAUAUUUGUCAGAACGCUUGUUGUUUUAAAAUGAAAGUUGAGGAUAUAUUGUAAGCACUGUUAUGUUGUUUGUGUUAGAGAUAUGUAUACUUAUUUUCAGCACUGUGUAUACUGUUAGGGAAAUUAGCAAGGGUCCAAUGAGGGCUAUAUUACAAAUCCUUUGUAAGAAAUAAAAUAUAUCUGUUGGGCUAUUUAAGCCUAAAUCCACAAAAAAAAAAAAAAAUCUCAAACUGGUCAUCACUUUUACUCAAACCAAAACAUUAAAAAAAGUGAAGCUUUGUACCCUGAAGCAUCACAUUUUUUAUACGUGAGCAUUUUUAAGCCUCGACGGAUCAAAAAAAGAAUCUGCGUUUAAGUGGUUCUCAUCUAAUCUGUGAAGCCUAAAAAUUAAAGCAUGAGCGCAAGUUUAACAGUACUGCAGAAUACUACAAACGUUCACCAUUCAGCAGUGUGCUUUCAUCUAACCUGAGACAAGCCUGUUAAUGAAAAUCAAUAUCCAAUGACCGAAUCAGAAUUUGCAUAAAACAAUAACUUAAAAAUGGGUUUGAAAUAAAAAAGUAAGUUAAGUUCUUUAAGCCUUCUACGCAAGCUGGAAUUAUAGUGACACCAAGGAACGAGCUCUGCAGCAGCUACAUGGUCAGUUGUUUUCCUGUAAAACAUUUUGCUCAAAGGAUGAUUAUGCUGCACUAACAUUUGAAAAUCUACAUAAGAAAAUAAAAAUUGCAAUUGGGUGUUACACGAAA